GGAGCAAAGGAGGAAGGAAGGAGACUCCAGACCAAAAUUUCAAACCCUCCCCUCCCUCCAUUGUCCUUCCCCCAUUCCUCGGAUUCCCCCCAAACCCUACCCAGCCGCCGCCGCCGCCGCCGAGAUGCCGGACCUUCCGUGCGACGGGGACGGCGUCUGCAUGGUGUGCCGCGCCGCGGCGCCACCGGAGGUCGAGCUGCUGCGCUGCUCCACCUGCGCGACACCCUGGCACUCCCCGUGCCUCUCCAACCCCCCGGCGCUCGCCGACGCCGCCACCUGGACCUGCCCCGACUGCUCCGGUGACGCCGUUGCCCCGGCCCCCGCGCCGGCACCCAGCGUCGUCGGCGCCGGGGGCGGCAGCGGCGGGGAGCUCCUCGCCGCCAUCCGCAAGAUCGAGGGCGACGCCACCCUCUCCGACCAGGAGAAGGCGCGCCGCCGCCAGGAGUUGCUCGGGGGAACCUCCGCCCCCGCCGCCGCCGCCGGGGACGAGGACGACGAGGACAACGUGCUCGAGAUGGUCGGCAAGAACUUCAGCUGCGUCUUCUGCAUGAAGCUGCCGGAGCGCCCCGUCACCACACCAUGUGGCCAUAACUUCUGCUUGAAAUGUUUUGAGAAAUGGACAAAUAGUGGAAAAAGGACUUGUGGAAAAUGUCGUGGAGCGAUCCCAAAUGACAUGGCAAAACAACCAAGGAUUAACUCAGCAUUGGUUGCAGUCAUCCGUAUGGCUAGGACUUCAAAGAAUGCUAACUCAGCUGCCUCGGCAACUACAUAUCAUUAUAUACGAAAUGAUGAUAGGCCAGACAAGGCUUUUAAAUCUGACCGGGCAAAGAAGGCUGGGAAAGCGAAUGCUUCAAGUGGUCAGAUCUUUGUGACUAUCCCAGCUGACCAUUUUGGCCCCAUUCUUGCAAGAAACGACCCCAAAAGGAAUACUGGUGUUUUAGUUGGGGAAACCUGGGAAGACCGCUUCGAGUGCAGGCAAUGGGGUGCCCAUUUUCCUCAUGUAGCUGGUAUUGCUGGCCAGUCCAACUAUGGUGCUCAGUCAGUAGCACUCUCAGGAGGGUACAUAGAUGAUGAGGACCAUGGGGAGUGGUUUCUGUAUACCGGAAGUGGCGGAAGAGAUCUAAGUGGGAACAAGCGAACAAACAAGGAGCAAUCCUCGGACCAGAAAUUUACCAAGAUGAAUGAUGCUUUGCGUGUUAGUUGCUUGAAGGGUUACCCUGUCAGGGUUGUACGGUCCCACAAAGAGAAGCGUUCUUCAUAUGCUCCUGAAUCUGGUGUGAGGUAUGAUGGAGUUUACAGAAUUGAGAAAUGUUGGAGGAAGAUUGGUGUUCAGGGUACAUUCAAGGUCUGCAGGUAUCUCUUUGUACGCUGUGACAAUGAACCAGCCCCUUGGACCAGUGAUGCUCAUGGGGACCGGCCAAGACCACUGCCCAAGAUUAAGGAGCUCCAAGGUGCAACUGACGUAAUUGACAGGAAAGGAUCUCCUUCAUGGGACUACGAUGAGAAAGAAGGAUGGAAGUGGAUGAAGCCUCCACCAAUCAGCAGGAAGCCUAUCCAAACAGGUGAUCCUAUAACUGACAAGGAAAUGAGGAAAUUCCAAAGGCGUGCUCACUUGUCUGAGGCUGAAAGGCUGCUGAAAGAGUUUGGCUGUUCCAUUUGCAAGAAUGUGUUGAAGGAACCACUUACUACACCUUGUGCUCACAACUUUUGCAAAACUUGUUUGCUUGGGGCAUUUGAGAACCAGUCUUCUAUGAGGGAAAGAAGCAGGGGUGGUCGAACCCUACGGGCACAGAAGAUUGUGAAGAGGUGCCCCUCCUGCCCAACUGACAUUUGUGACUUCCUGGUGAACCCACAGAUCAACCGAGAGAUGAUGGGUCUGAUUGAGAAUUUGCAAAGCAAGGCUGCUAAUGAUAGCAGCAAAGAUGCGGAAGAAUCUGGUGACGGUGACUCCGGUGAAGAAGAGGAUGAUGCUUUGGAGGAUGAAGAGGAUGAUGACAGCUUGAACGAGGAAGAAGAGGAUGGUUCUGAGAAUAAUGGCAAGACUGGGGGCCUUGAUGGAGAUUUGGAUGCUAAUGCUGACGGUCCUGUCGUCAAAAUUGUGGUUCAAGCCAAGGAAGAAGUCAAGAAGGCUCAGAAGCGCAAAGUAGAUGACGACAAGGGAAAAGAUGAGAAGAAGAUCAAGAUCAGUGCUGCUGUUGUGGAGAAGGCAGUUGAAGAGGAUGCCGCGAAGGGUUCUGAGAACGUUGAGAAGAAGGAAGAAGGUGGCAAGCAGGUUCAGAAGCGCAAGGGGCGUGCUGAGGUAGCAACCACAGCUGGCGGAAAAAGGAAGAAGACCAGUCCUGCUGCAGUCGAAGAGAAAGCUGUGAGCGGCACCCCUGUCAAACGGGUGAAGAAGGCUGGCGGCAUGGAAGCUGCUGAAGGUAGUCCUGCUGCCAGCAGCCCUCGCAGGGUGACGAGGAGUAGUGCUGGCAGCCCUGCCACAAGGACCAGGAGCAACACCAAGGCGGAUGGUGGUAACUGAGAAAGGUUGCCAUUGCUGCGCUGAAGAAGCAGCAACAGAAGCCACACCUCGGUGACAUAUCAGGCUUCAAAUUUUGGCUCGUCGUGUUUAAGUUAUAUAUCUAGACCGUUUGCUCCGUCUCUUAAUGGGAGACUCGAACUGCUCGUAGCUCUUUUGGCUGGUCGUGUUUAAGUUAAUAUAUCUAGACCGAUGCUCCAUCUCUCAAUGGGAGACUUGAACUGGAACUGAAUAGCUCGCAGUUCCUUUUGGUAAAUCCUGAAACCUUGUAGUUAUUCUAUACCGUACUGGCUGCAUCUUCAUGGAUUUAUAUAUAUAUUAGUGAUGAUGUUUAACCUAUUUA